GCGGCUUAACUUCUGACGAGCGCAGUUUUUUGUACGUCAAAUAACACUUUGAGAAACGUUCUCCAGUCGUACGCAACUUUCACAAGCAUAAUGGAUCAAGUGAAGAAGCUUACUGAACCUGGACGUCAAUUUGCAAAAGACAGUAUUCGUCUUAUUAAACGUUGUACAAAGCCUGACAGAAAAGAAUUUCAGAAAAUUGCCAUUGCCACAGCCAUUGGUUUUUGUAUAAUGGGCUUUAUAGGAUUCUUUGUUAAAUUAAUCCAUAUUCCUAUUAAUAACAUCAUUGUGGGUUCGUAAACUCACCUUGAGUAGGUACAAUUAAGGUUUAAGAUGAUUAUUUCCCCUGUUCUCCCUUCCUGCGUAUCUUUAUUUAUAAGAUAAAAUUAUGUAUUUUGUUUUGAACUGAUUGUGAUUGAGAUAUGAGAAUG